UGUGCUAACAUGAACGAUCGUGUUUUAGCCGACAUGAAUAAGGCUGGAGUAGAUGUCAAAAGAACAUUGUGUGAUACCAAGACUGACGGCGGAGGAUGGAUUAUUAUACAGAGACGUAUCAAAGGUGAUGUGAACUUUACAAGAACAUGGAACGAUUAUAAAAACGGAUUUGGUUCAACAUCUGGAGACUUUUGGAUCGGAAACGACGUCAUUUCUCAAUUGACAGAUUCGGGUUAUAAUGAACUCAGAUUUGACAUGAAGUAUGAAGGUAAAGACUACUACGCUGUGUACAGAGGUUUUAAGGUAGAAAAUGAAGCAGCAAAGUAUAAGAUGAGCCUCACGUCAUUUAGUGGUGGGAAUGUUCAUGACUGGUUUAGAGAUCACAAAGGCAAGAAGUUUACAACCAUUGACUCUGAUAACGAUGAGUGGUCAGAUGGAAACUGUGCUGUAGACAGGAGAGGUGGAACAUAA